GGCGUAGCGCGAGUCGUGUACUCGUAACCCUUCCGUAACUUUAAUUGCACGGUUACUGCAAGCAAUUAUUAUUUAUUUCCUUUGAAUGGAACUGCACAGUUCUAAAGAAAAUAUACAUGUAACGUUAAAAUUUUAAGAUUAGAAUUCUAUUUCUUGUAAUAUAUUGGUUAUACGUAAUUGAAUCCCAAUAUUAAUUUCGGGAAACGGUGAAUUUUAAUGAUGUUCCGGAGGAUUGCUAGCUUUAGGUGUAUUUAAAGUUGUGUGAAAUGUCGCUGCAGUGUCAGCAUGGGUCGGCUCGCCAUCACGUCUCCCAUCACUCCUAGAUCCGCCGCUAUGGAUAAGUACGAACAGUUAGCUGUGGUGGGUGAAGGAUCAUACGGCGUGGUGUUGAAGUGCCGCCGUCGGGACAAUGGACAGCUCGUCGCCAUCAAGAAGUUCUUGGAGACGGAAGACGACGCUGCCGUCAAAAAAAUGGCGCUCAGGGAGAUACGGAUGUUAAAGAAGCUCCGUCACGACCACCUGGUGAACAUGAUCGAGGUGUUCCGACGCAAGCGCAGGUUCUACCUGGUGUUCGAGUACCUCGACCACACCUUGUUGGACGAGCUGGAGGCGUCUCCGGGCGGCCUCGGUGAAGACACCGCCAAGAAACACCUCUUCCAGUUAUUGAAGGGCGUGGAUUAUUGUCACCAAAACUCUAUAAUUCACCGUGAUGUGAAACCAGAGAACGUCCUGGUGUCCAACAAUGGCAUCGUGAAGCUGUGUGACCUGGGCUUCGCGCGCGCCCUGGCCGCUCCUGGGGAACCCUACACGGAGUAUGUGGCCACUCGCUGGUACAGGGCACCAGAACUACUUGUAGCUGAGCAUAGGUACGGACCAGAAGUGGAUAUCUGGGCGAUUGGGUGUUUGUUUGCUGAAAUGUUGUCCGGAGACCCGCUGUUCCCUGGAGAUUCCGACAUCGAUCAGAUUGCUAUUAUCAUUAAGACUGUUGGUAAAUUGGCGCCCCGGCACCAACAAGUGGUGUCCCGCUUGUCUGGUGGCGCGGCGCUCAGCGCUGGCCCGGUCGGCACUCGCAACAACCUGCCGGGCACCGGGCUGGCCAAGGAACUGCUGGCAGCUGCGCUCCGAACCGAACCUCGAGCCAGGCCUUCUGCUGCAGCUCUGCUGAGACAUAAGUAUUUCGUUGCUGAUGGCUUCGCGGAAAGCUUUAAUGCUGAACUUAGAAAGAAACUUGGAAGGGAAAUUGAGAGUCCGCCACCUCAGACUCCUGGCAGGGUGAGUGGAAAGCCAAGGCAGCAGUGGACCUUAAACAUUAUUCCAGACAACAGAAGAUCUAGAACAGACAGUACCGCCGGAGAGUCACUCAUUGACUACAAGUACACGCCAAGUACAGAUAUGCCAGCGGAUAGCACCAAUGUGGGGCACAGUACCACACCACAACAGACCCCAGUUGAGCAUGCACCAACGUCGCCUGAACAUGUCGAAAUGAGCUCGUGGUGUCCUGGCCCGAUGGUAUCCACCGUGGCGCCCCCACGGAGCCUGGCCCGAGCCAUCAACGAGACCUUCCACACGUUCAGCGUUCCAGUCAACACCUACCCAAAGACACCCUAUAUCAAGAAAGUGAACAAGAAAUUGGUAAUGGACGAGGAGUUACUCCGGGGUCGGUCGCUGGCCAAGAAGAACGCGAAGAAGACACCGCCAGACAUCAGCCUGCCCUACGUGCCUGGUGCAAGCAACAGUCCAAUGAAGAAAGCCAAAAAGCCUCACACGCAUAGUGUCAACAAACACAGUGAAAUCUAUGACCAUCGUUCAAGCAUGGAGCCACCUUGCGUUCAGCGCACUCCGAUGAACUUACCCUACAUGUGACUACAGGGCCACAGGGCCGUGUUCCAGAUGCCCGCGCCUCUUAAUGCCCUACGAAGAAACUCCAGAUAUUAUUAAUAACUUUUAUCUACACCCAUUCUUUAAAUCCUCUAUUAAAGAUUCUAAAACAGUUACCUUAUUGCCAACAUUAAAACACCCAAUGUCAACAACCAUUACAUAAUCCAAACGAGUGUUGUAAUUAAAUUCAGUACAACAUUA